AUCAUGAAGCUUCGCAGCUUUACUCGAAGGAGCAACGUACACAAAUUCUCCACCAACUUCGCUAGAGCCCCGAGCUAUUUUAGAUCACCUCCGCCAGUAUCUUAAUUCUUUUUCACUAGAACUGUGCCAUGGCCUCUAACAUUAGCUCGACUAGUAUGGCCAUCCUGGCUCUUGCACUUGCCCUCUUUGUGCAAGGCACUCUAGGGGGAAUAAUAUGUGAGCAUCUAGACCAGGACACGUGUGCGUUCGCAGUGUCAUCCUCCGGCAAGCGCUGCGUGCUUGAGAAGCACGUGAAAAGGAGCGGAGAGGAAGCAUACAAAUGCCGUACAUCAGAAAUUGAGGUCGACAAACUGAAGGAAUGGAUCGAGACUGACCAAUGCAUCAAAGCAUGUGGGCUCGAUCGGAAAACACUGGGAAUCUCAUCAGACUCUCUCCUAGAGUCUCGUUUCACCGAAAAGCUUUGCUCACCUCAGUGCUACGAGAGCUGCCCCAACGUUGCUGAUCUGUACUUCAAUCUUGCUGCUGGUGAAGGUGUGUUUCUUCCCAAAUUAUGUGAAGUACAAACAAAUCCGCGGCGAGGGAUGUCUGAGAUUCGUAGCUCUGGUUUUGUUGCACCGGGACCAUUGGAGGCUGCAAAAUUCACCGUUGCAUCCCCAGCACUGGCACCAUGCUAGAAGAGAUCGUGAGGCAGGGAUAUGUAUAUAUAUAUAUGUCUAUUGGUGUGUGCAUUCAAAUUACGUCAUGUCUUGGCUGUGUUCUUCAAAUCAAUAAAACAGAGCUGCGUGCCUAAAGUUCUAGUAUACUUGCAGUCUCUGUAGGUGUAGAUUAGCACGUAGAAGGUUCAAUGGUAUCAUACUAAUGCGUCUCUGUGUGAUGCAUUUAGCUAUGAAUUUACCCUGUUUUUCGUUUUUCUGUUUCCAAACUUGAGCUGCUGGGAAUAAAUUAAUUAAUAUGAUUUUUGUA